GCGUGUUUUUUUUUUUUUUUGAGGGGGUGGGGGCCUGCUGCGUAUUCUGAAGGCCUGAAUUUUCGUCCGCCAGACGUCUCUUCCGGCGCAACUCGACUGCACGUGGUUUCCAAAUUCUCGAAAGACAAUUCGCAGGCUGGGUCCUUCGACGCCUUCAAAGGAUCCUCCUUAUGUCACCUUCGUGGACCUCAUUAACCGAAUUCGGACGGGCUUUACAGGAAUUUGGACACCGCGUACGGUCGGGUCGUGCCGGAACUGACGUCACAUAAUCGAAAACGCGGCCGUCGUAUAGGCCAGGCUCUGAAUUUGGACACAGCAACACACACACUUUAUUCUGAAAACUACAGACCGGAAGCGCUACUCUCACUGCUCACUGAGAUGCUGAGAAGAGAAGACCGCGAACACAAGUCACAAUAGGAAGUACACGUGUUGACUUUUACUCCGCGACUUUUUUCUCCUUCUUCUUCUUCUCCUCGUAACUCCAUGUUAUCCCAUUAAUGUAACACAUUAAACGACCGAGACACACGCUUUGCAUGCUUUUGAGGUGAUUUACUAACUCCAGCCUUCCACGUGCAAUUGACUGCGUUUGGAUAACUUGAAUCUCAAGUAGCAGUACAAAGCUGGCGGGCUACACCUACGUCAAACUAAACGUAGUUUUAACCUUACGUUUUACUGAUCGACUCAUUUUUCUUACUUGCGGUACCUUAACAACGCUCAGUAGGCAUUGUUAUUUUGUGGGUGGUGUGGGUCGCCGAUUUUUGGGAAUGUCAACCUCUCCAUGUGGUAACACCAGACAUGGGUUCUCGGGCAGCGAUUCAGAAGACGAGCCGAAGCUUGCCAUCAAUCAGUUCUACCCUUACAUCCGAUGUGGCCUAUGCUGCGGCUUCCUCAUUGAUGCCACCACCAUCACAGAGUGUUUACACACAUUUUGCAAAAGUUGCAUCGUGAAGCAUUUUUUCUACAGCAACAGGUGUCCAUCAUGCACCAUUAUAGUCCACCAAACACAACCCCUUUACAACAUAAGGCCCGACAGACAACUGCAGGAUAUUGUGUACAAAAUGAUUCCUUUCCUGGAGGAGGUUGAAAGAGAGCAAAUGUGCAACUUCUACAAAAAGCGAGGGCUGGCGAUACCCAAAUCAGUGGUGGUCUCCACUGCAACUCCUGUGGUGUUGAAAAGGCAAAAGAAGGACUCAACGCCUCAGUGUGUGCUCAACAUUCCACCUGAGCUGGAUGUGUCACUGUUGCUGGAUUUUGUUGGGGCUGAAGAGGGGAUAAACAGUUACAAGCCACUAGAGAGGCCCUAUGUGCGUGUGUCAGGUGAGGCCACCAUUCGCCAUGUGGAGCUAUUCAUUAGGAAGAAGAUGGAGCUCAGCCCAACUUGCCAGGUAGACGUGGUUUGUGGAGAUCAUCUCCUGGAUCAGUAUCAGUCACUGAAAGAUGUCCAGAAUUUUGUGGGAUCAGAGGCCUUGCAGGAUGGUCUGCUGGUGCUGCACUUUGGUCUGGUCCUGUCCUGUCUGUCUUGAAAGGAAAGAACGGAAUGAUUCAUAGUGUUUCACACCUCCUGUAAGGCAGAAUACCUGCAAAAUGACUGGAGAAAGUUACUCGGGACAGCAAUAUGAAUUUUAUUGAGACUUUUUUUCAGGGCAUUUCUACUACUGUGCUUACUGGACACAAAGUCCCACCAUUCUCCAUAAGUGGGAGCAUGGUUUGAGCCCAAAGGAGUCAGGGUGCUUUUGGGGAAUAGGAGCAGAGCAGAAAAGCGUCUGCCUCCAUCCAGAGCCAAAGACGUCUCAAUCUAACUAUUGUUCCAGGUACAGGGUCAGAAAGGUGCUUUUUUUUUUUUUUUUUUUUUCCGGCAACCGAUGAGCUCAGUUUUUUUUAAAUUUUGUACAUUAUUUGGGAUAAGACAUGAUAAAGGUGAAAUUGACUUCUGUGAAAGACGACUGUCAUCAGAUUUAAUGAAAUGAUUGGUGUCAGUGCGACUGCUUUGAAUAAAAGAAUUUCAGUACUUUUUAACU